CACGAGACAAAAGUAAAAAGAAAUGAAAGAUAAAUAUAAGGACCUAAAUCAGACAGCUAAUUGUUUGCAGUUGUGAGAAAGUGAACUAUGGAGAAGCAAUUAAACUAAUGCAACAUGGAGAAAUCCAUACCAAUAAGAAACGGAGGAGAAGCACAGACAUAAUACAAAGUAGUGAAUGGAGAUCCGAGGCUGAAGAAUAUGAAAUGAUUUCCAGUCCAACUGCCUUUCACAAGUCCAGAGCUAUGGUGGAAACAGAAGCUACUGUCAAAAGAAAGAAAAGAAGGAGAAAGAGAAAAAGGAUGAACAAUUGGCUUAAACUUUCACAGUUUCAUCCUCAUCACCCAAAUCCUCUGGAAGCUGGAAAGCCUGCAUUUGACACAGAGCAGGCUGGCAAAGAUCAAUGUGUUGAUAUUGAUGUUAAGGAAAAUAAGAUGAUAGAAGUUGUACAAGCAGUAAAAUGUAGAACAGAGGGAAUUGGUGAUAAAGCAGGCUCUAAGGAGGCCAAUGAUAUGAGUUCCUCAUCUUCGGUGGAUGAUAGUUUGAUCUCGAAUAUUAGCUCUGGAACACGCAUCGGAGAUAUAGUGUCAGCAAAGGGUACAAUAAAUGUAGAUGGUGAGAUGGUCAGAACUGAGCUAAAAACCUUUGCAGCAGAAGCAACUGUUGAUGCUGGAAUGAAAGAAAUGCAUUCAUUGAAAGCUAAAUGUGUAGAAACUGUAAAAUUACCCGGAAAAUCAGCUAAGAGCACUGUGCUGCGAAACCAUCAUCAGAAACCAAGAUAUUUUGAUCCUCCAAACAGCAGCUGGACUAGGUGUCUCAGUUGCGGAGAAGAUCAUCCAGCAGCAGAAAACUGUAUGCUGCAAAAGCAUGUGAAAGCAUGCUUUCUCUGCAGGUGUCUUCGGCAUAUUGGAAAGCAUUGCUCACAGCAGGGUCAAUAUUGUUUUGUCUGCAGAGGAACGUUUGACCAAGCCAGUGAUUGUCCAAAGAAACAAAAAGAAAACAAUUUGAAUUAUAAUGUUUGUUUGAGAUGUGGAGAUUCUGGACAUGAUAUGUUCUCAUGUAGAAGUGAUUAUUCAGCUGAUGAUCUCAAGAAGAUUCGUUGUUACAUUUGCAAUGACUUUGGUCAUCUCAGCUGUGUCAAACUUCCAGAUGCAAGUCCAACAGAAGUUUCCUGCUACAAUUGCGGCCAGUCUGGCCAUUUAGGAUCUGAUUGCUCAAAGUGUCCCAAAGUUGUUCGGGGCUCAAAAUCCCCUGCUUUAUGCUACAGGUGCAGAGAGGAAGGCCAUUUUGCACGAUCUUGCACUCUCCCUAGGAAGCAUGCUAGGAGAGUUCAUGCCGAAACGAGAUCGGUGGGGUCUAGUUCUGCUCCUCCUAAUCGUGGACCUCAAAAUGAUGCCAAGGGUGCAACACAAGAAAGUCUAAUCGUCAAUAUCAUUCCAUAAAGACGGAGGUCAUUAUUAAGCUUUGACUAACCAUCUCUCAGGAGAAUCAAGGCAGAAUUCAUGACAAAAUCAUGCAACGAGCAGCCUUUGUCUGUAGUAAUCUAUCCCUGCAUCAUGGACUUCCAGGUUUAGAAGUGUACAAUCUCAAAUUUUGGUACUGAGGAUCAAUUACCCUUGAAAGACUGAAGGCUGAAUCCAGUGAAGAUUGGCAGAAGGGACACACUCUUAGAGGUAUGAAGCCAAGAUCCACCGGAAUUUGCUUAUAACACAUUUAAACUCUCUGAUUGAAAACUCCUUACAUAUAACAAUUUGUCCUCAAAAGAUAAAGAGUUUUCUGUCUUUUUGAUUAGUCAGUUUAUGCUUUUUGUCUUGUAUAUCAAAUACUGGCGGAGGAGUGGUUAUGGCUGUGUACAACUGCAACUGAAUUCGGAUACUUGCUCGUUCUUAAAAUAGAGGGAUCCCACUCUUAAAUCAGGAUUGUCAAUUUAUACCUGAUCAGCUUUAGAGAGUCGUGUUGCAUGGAUUCUCAUUGCUGACGGUCUUUAAGACUACUAAACCUCCAUUUUCUCUCUGGUAAAGACCAGGAUACAUCAAAAACUGAACUUCCAACUGAAACAAGCCAAACAAGAUCAGCAGUAUUAGGACGGGGAUUAUUAAAUCAACUUUUGUAGUAUAGAGUUCCAAAAAAAAUCAUCUUUCAUUAUCUGUAGAUUGAGAGAUUUAUGUUCAUAAAACAUAUAAAAUUUGACGUUGAUGAACUGCAGUCUCUUCCAUUGUUAAUGCAGGUUGAAAGGCUUGAUUUCAAUAGUGUUAAGGCCUUUGUAUUUAACUUCAAACACAAGUUUGUACAAUUGCUCCAAUUAAUAUUUUUUCUUUGUUUCUAUUGGCUGGGUUAGAAAUUCAUAACAACAUAAUUUCAUCUGCUCAAUAAUUGGAAAAACUCAAUUUGAUUUCUUCCUUUAAUUGUCUCUUUUUUAAGUACUAAUUAUCGGCACCAGGCAGGGCGAUUUAAUGUGGUCAAAACUACCACAUCAAGCACUCUCAUCUCUUUGUUUGCAGCAAAGAUGAAAUCAACAGCUUCAAACGAUGGCAAAAUAAGUACAGCAUAUGUAACCAAAACAGGAUAUGCUUUCUUCAAUAACAUCUCAACUUAAAUAACGGAACAUUCAUAUUAUGUCUGGAACAUAAAAUAGGUAACUUAUAAAGUACUGAAUGAAAAAACAAGUGUCCACCGCCAUGGUUUAUGCGAACUCCUACCAAUUCCUCAACGAUUGGCCUUGGCAACUCUCUCGAUUUCGUCCUUCUUCUUGAUGG